CUCCUCUUUUUUAGAAGCAGCGAUCGGAGAUGGAUGUCUCUCUUUGCCCAGCCAAGUGUAGUUUCUGGCGGAUUUUCUUGCUGGGAAGCGUCUGGCUGGACUAUGUGGGUUCGGUGUUGGCUUGCCCUGCAAAUUGUGUCUGCAGCAAGACUGAGAUCAAUUGCCGGCGGCCGGACGAUGGGAACCUCUUCCCCCUCCUGGAAGGGCAGGAUUCAGGGAACAGCAAUGGGAACGCCAGCAUCAACAUCACAGACAUCUCAAGGAAUAUCACUUCCAUACACAUAGAGAACUGGCGCGGCCUGCACACACUCAAUGCUGUGGACAUGGAGCUCUACACUGGACUGCAGAAGCUGACCAUCAAGAAUUCCGGACUCCGGAGCAUUCAGCCCAGAGCUUUCGCCAAGAAUCCCCACUUACGCUAUAUAAACCUGUCCAGUAACCGGCUCACCACACUCUCAUGGCAGCUCUUCCAGACGCUGAGUCUUCGGGAAUUGAGACUGGAGCAGAACUUCUUCAACUGCAGCUGUGACAUCCGCUGGAUGCAGCUGUGGCAGGAGCAGGGGGAGGCCAGGCUGAACAGCCAAAGCCUCUACUGCAUCAGUGCUGAUGGCUCCCAGCUCCCCCUCUUCCGCAUGAACAUCAGUCAGUGUGAUCUUCCUGAGAUCAGUGUGAGCCAUGUCAACCUGACUGUCCGAGAGGGGGACAAUGCUGUAAUCACGUGCAAUGGCUCUGGUUCCCCACUGCCUGAUGUUGACUGGAUAGUCACUGGGCUACAGUCUAUCAACACCCACCAGACCAAUCUGAAUUGGACCAAUGUACAUGCUAUCAACUUGACCCUGGUGAAUGUGACGAGCGAGGACAAUGGUUUCACCCUGACGUGCAUUGCAGAGAACGUGGUGGGCAUGAGCAAUGCCAGCGUUGCUCUCACUGUUUACUAUCCCCCACGAGUGGUGAGCCUGGUGGAACCUGAGGUGCGCCUGGAACACUGCAUCGAGUUUGUGGUGCGUGGCAACCCGACUCCCACACUGCACUGGCUGUACAAUGGGCAGCCGUUGAGAGAGUCUAAGAUCAUCCACAUGGACUACUAUCAGGAGGGUGAGGUCUCUGAGGGAUGUCUACUCUUCAACAAGCCCACCCACUACAAUAAUGGCAACUACACUCUCAUUGCCAAGAAUGCCCUGGGCACAGCCAACCAGACCAUCAAUGGCCACUUCCUUAAGGAGCCCUUUCCAGAGAGCACAGACUUCUUUGACUUUGAAUCUGAUGCAAGCCCUACGCCUCCUAUCACUGUGACCCACAAACCAGAGGAGGACACUUUUGGGGUAUCCAUAGCAGUUGGACUUGCUGCCUUUGCCUGUGUCCUGCUGGUGGUUCUCUUUAUCAUGAUCAACAAGUAUGGCCGACGGUCCAAAUUUGGGAUGAAGGGUCCUGUGGCUGUCAUCAGUGGUGAGGAGGACUCUGCCAGCCCACUGCAUCACAUCAAUCAUGGCAUCACCACACCUUCCUCAUUGGAUGCUGGGCCUGACACGGUGGUCAUCGGCAUGACUCGCAUUCCAGUCAUUGAGAACCCCCAGUACUUCCGUCAAGGACACAACUGCCACAAGCCAGACACGUGGGUCUUUUCAAAUAUAGACAAUCAUGGGAUAUUAAACUUGAAGGACAAUAGAGACCAUCUAGUCCCAUCAACUCACUAUAUAUAUGAGGAACCUGAGGUCCAGAGUGGGGAUGUGUCUUACCCAAGGACACAUGGUUUCAGAGAAAUUAUGUUGAAUCCAAUAAGCCUUUCCGGACAUUCCAAGCCUCUUAACCAUGGUAUCUAUGUUGAGGAUGUCAAUGUUUAUUUCAGCAAAGGACGUCAUGGCUUUUAAAAACUCCUUUUAAGCCUCCUUGUUCUGAUGUCACCUUGGUAGGAUGGGCCCUCUGAGAGGUUGGAAGCUCUAGGCGUUGUUCUUUUUGGAUCCAGGGAUGCUAAGUAGAAACUGCAUGAACCACCGGUGCUCCCUGCACCCUUUACCACCACUGAGAUGGGUAUGUCUCCAUCCACCACUGGCAGGUUGCCCCUUCCCUCCAGUCAUCACUGUGUUCCUUUUUCUGCGGCCUCCGAGGCAGCUCCUGCCAACAUCUUUAGAGCCAAUAAAGAGAAUUAACAACCUGAGCACCAGGAGCCAUCUUUUAAACACACUAGCCAUUCUCUUGACCCAACCAUCACAAGAAAGCCUGAUGAAGUCCAGCCGUGCUCCAGCCUCACUUUCCUGCUUGGAAGCGUGGGGUCUCCAUGCUGUUCUCUCAGUGAUCUCGUCGCCCUGCAGCCUCCAGUGGGGAAGAGUCACAGAGAGCUCCUAAGCAGAGGUGGAGGUGGCACGGUAAGAGGAGGGGGAGCCAGGCCCAAGUAUUGCCAACAGAUUAGGUCUCAGAGGGAAGAAUGGAAGCCAGUCUUUUUUUUUGUUGUUGUUGUGGAGAAAAAUACCUUUUUUUAAUGGACAUAUUUGGCCCCUCCUUCCUCUUCUCUCUGGAAUGGUUCACAGUGAGUGCGAUAUUAGAAAGUUCCUUGGAAAGAGAUUUUUCCUGACUCCUCCUGGGCCCCUAGAGCUGCAGUUCUGACAAGUUUUGCCUACAGGAGGUCUUGUCCAUGAAUUGACCAUCCUACUAGGACCACAAGGGACCAAGGGAAUCAGGGACCAAGGCCCCACCUGCUAGCCCGUGAUCCUGGGAUUGGCUCUCUCCCCCUACUUCCACUUAUUCUUGACUCUGAGAACUUUUGGAUCCCAAUGGAAUCACCAUGACAAGGUCAAGAUGAACUGAAGGGGAAGAGAAGUAAAACUUGGCCUCCUCCAGCCCCUCUCAUGGCACCGAUGGAAGUGUCACCCUGUUCUCUGGUCGAUAUAUGUGUUCACUUUGCUUGCUUUCACUCAUGCCUUACUCCAUAGCCAUCCUCUCCCAAAGAGGGGGUUGUCCCUCACCCACUUUCAACUUGACCCUCUGGGGAGAGGGAAGGGGAUGACAGUCCCUUGCUUAAUAAGAAAGGCAGGGCUUGAAGCUCUGAUACCUGAGUAUGUUCUGGCUUGGCCCAGCUCUCCCUAGCUCCAGGAGGGUCUCCAUUAUGGGAAGGAAUGUGGAGCACUCUGAGGAGAAUUCUUGGGACAACAUAAAUCAUAUAACCCAGUAUGUUCUGGGGUAGUGUUGCACAGCCAUGGAAGGUAGAGACUAUGAUUUUGGCAAAUUUAGCAAAUUUACCUGGGAGCUAAUGAUCCUGGGUCCUGUGGAAAGUAGUUCUUCAUGUCAGGUUGCUGGCCUGAUGUUAAAGAUGCCUCCAUGGGGUUUAUAAACACGAAGCUUUCCAAGUUCUCACCUGUGACCUGGAGUGUCCUCUGUAAUGCCACUUGAGGCUGAGGGUUUCUCCAGGGCCCGGGUGUGUAGUUGUCUAGCCCCUUCCAUCUCCCCUCACCCUAUUCCUUGUGGCUCCAUGUCAGGCUUUUCCCCAUCACACCCUGCUGACCCCUUGGGUUCAGUUCUCCUCCCGAGUGUGGCUUUAAGGAGUAAGCUUGAGGAUGAUGUUUUUAAUCGUUGUAAAUCAUGACCUCAUUUCCAGCCUCCAGGCUCCAUCCAUUCCAGCAUCUUUUAUUCUGCCAUUUCUUCACCUUGUGCUAUGACAAUGGGGCGUUGUGUUUCCACAGAGACUUAUAGGAGUGUUCAGUGUAUAGUUUCUUAAUAAACACUUUAUUUUCUAAUGAAA